AUGAUCCGAGUCCUCCUCGAAGAUUGCCACGCGAGACUUCGCAAGUACCGUCAAAGGAUUGACCAAGAAAAGACCAGAUGCUGUGAGUUCAUGGGUGAGAUCGGUACAAAUCUGCUCCUGCAGAGGAUAGCUGCACAAGCCCGCGACGCAGCACUGGAGAACAAAUUCCGAAAGCUGCCCAAUCCAAUCUCGCCCAGAAACCACAAACUGGUGCACAACCUGUCGUCAAAGGAUCUGACGAAGGAUCUAAUGCAAGUUUUACGGCACGAAGCUUCAUUUAACACGGCUGACGCCAAACCUGUUAACAUGAUUGCAGCAGUGGAAUCAAUCCUUUGUCAGACGGAGGCAGCGGGGGAGAGUAAGAGCCUCAUCCGUCACCAAGUGUCGCCGCUCCGGAUGGCCAUCAGGCCGCGGGAUGUGCUUUCCAAGGUCGAACGUGGUGCGCUUAGAGAACUCAAGGCCGACAAAGAAUUGGGCAUCGUGCCAGUGGACAAGAGGCGCUUCACAGUUGUUCCGGACAGAAAAGACUACCUUCAAAAAGCCAAAGGUUUACAGGAGGACCGACAGUUCUUUGUCCCAUGUGCAACGAAAAAAAAACGCUGA